AUGGCCAUUUUCCCAGAGGUCCAGAAGCGGGCUCAGGAGGAGCUCGAUACUGUUGUUGGAAGUCAUAGAUUCCCAACAUGGGACGACACCGCGGACCUUCCUUACAUCAUGAGCUGUGUCAAGGAGUCCUUCAGGUGGAUGCCGACUACAGUGGCUGGAGGUGCCCCCCACGCAGCUACAAAUGAAGAUACUUACAUGGGAUACCGGAUACCUGCUGGAGUUCCAAUUGUGAAUAAUGUAUGGAGCAUCAACAAUGAUCGCACCAAUCCUCGAGAUUUCGAGCCGUACAGACACAUGCCUGGUCACAAAUAUCCUCCGGUGGGAACGCCAGUCGGUUCAGAUGGAUCGGACAAAGGCUUCACAACCUUUGGUGCCGGACGAAGAAUGUGUCCUGGGAUCCAUGUGGCAGAGCGCAGCAUGUACACGGCCGUGGCGCGUCUGUUAUGGGCCUUUAACAUCAAAAGAGCUGUCGACGAGAAUGGCCAGUUCACACCGAUCGAUCGUGAUGGAAUGUCCCCAGGAUUCAUGGUGACGCCUCUUCACUACGAGUAA